UGAGAAGUGUCUUUGUCCUUUGUUUACAAACAAAGACUUCAGUUGUGUCAUUCUGUCGUUUGAGUCAUUAUUAGUAAUGGUUGUUUGGUAUAAAAUUGAUAUAAUUAAUUAAGUGUUACUAUCACGACUCCGGUUUGUUGUGAGUGGAGAUCAUUCUAAUAUGUUUUUGGAGACUUCAGUUGUUUGCUUUAUUUUAAUUAAUAUUUUAACUGGAGAAACACAUACAGCUCAUGGAUCAUUAAAGACAAAUGGAAAGUCUGAAAAGUUUGAUCCAAACGUUUUAUUAGAAAUUAACACUAGUAGUAAUAGUGUUGAACAUGUAACUCAAAGUAUCAGUGGGUGUCACAACUUCAAACAGUCUGAUCACAAGAAUAAACCACAUACCAAAACUAAUAGACUAUUUUCUGAACCUGCUUUUCAACAAUUGGAAAAGGAGUUGUACAAGUCAAGGAAGGAAAGAAUCAAACAGCUCCUCAACCAUCUACCACCAUACAGUUCUCCUUUUCAAGGUUGUGCCAACGAAUCUUUUCCAAGUACAAAAUCUGGAAAGGUGGCAACAUUUAAAAUAGAUCUCGGUGCUAAACCAGAGGAUAGAUGGAUGAAGGUGGUGAAACAAAAGAGAUCUGAGAUAAAGAGGUUGGCAGAUUUCUUUGAACACAAAUUUGGCACAAAGGUGAUGAAUAUUGUAGACAAAUAUAUCUCAUGGCUUCAUCAAUCCCUACCUCACGAGUACUUCAUGGAGCUGAAGGGCAUUGCCAACUGGACAGGACUCAGCAUAGGGAGAGUGACUCUCUACAAUAUCUUCUACGAGUUCUUCUCCAUCUGUACUUCUAUCGUCAUGGAGGGAAACGAUGGUCAUAUGUAUCAUGGUCGUAACCUUGACUUUGGAUUAUUCAUGGGGUGGGAUGCUAAAAACCAUACAUGGUUUUUAACAGAGAUUCUGCGUCCAUUGAUUGUGAAAGUUGAUUUCUUCAAGGAUGGGAAACCACUCUACUCAGCAGUGUCUUAUGCUGGAUUCACAGGAGUGUUGACUGGUGUGAAGAAGGGUAGAUUCAGCCUGAGUGUGAACGAGAGGUUUAUCUCUAAUGGAGGUUAUGUAGGGCUGGUUGAGUGGAUACUGGGGCGUCGAGAUCUGGCGUGGCUGGGUCUCCUCACUCGCAGAGUCAUGCAGACAGCACAGAGCUAUCAGCAGGCUCAGGACAUGUUGGCCUCUACUCCUCUAGUGGCCCCUGUCUACUUCAUAUUGGCUGGCAACGCCUCCCACCAGGGAUGUAUCAUAACUCGAGGCAGGAGCAGUUUUGACAUUUGGCCUCUGGGUAGUCGGCACAAGGGUCAGUCAGGUGACUGGUACCUGGUAGAGACCAACUUUGAUCACUGGAGCCAGACACCUUUCUAUGAUCACCGACGCGAGUAUGCUGUGCAAUGUAUGGACCAGGCCGGCCAGCAGAAGCCACUGCAAACCUUGUAUAGUGUUCUAUCAACUCGGCCUGUACUCAACAAGGAAACAACUCUGACAGCUGUGAUGGACGUCUCUGCGGGCCGACUGCAAGUCUGGGAGAGGGACUGUGAGGAUCCUUGUUGGCCUUUUUAGCAUUUCAAUACUUAUAUUUUUUUCUAAUAAUACCAAUAGACUAUAGCACUUUGGUAGAUAUUAUGUUUAUCAACUAAGAGUAAAGGUUAAUAACUUCUUAUAUUUUUUUUCUAAUAAUACCAAUAGACUAUAGGCACUUUGGUAGAUAUUAUUUUAUCAAUUAAGAGUAAAGGUUGAUAACUUCCUUGGAAAGGAGACUAACCUAGAAAUAAUUGUAGUAAUCAAUUCUUUUAAUGAUAAUCUAUGAUUCUAAAUGUUUAUUCAGUGAACAGUUAAACACUUUAGAAAUAUAAGUCUAUUGUCUGUCCUAGUUUAUGUAGUACACAGGAUUUUAUUAUUUUAAAUUUUAAAAUACCAGUAUCAUAACACUAUUAAUUAUAUCAUAUUGUUGUUAUAUUCAAUCUAAGUUCACUAGGAUACUAAAUUUGAACAUUGGCUGUUUGACUUCGUAUGUGCCUGUGAUGAUAGCUUUCCUUAGUAUCAAUUUCUAUUGUAAUUUGUGUAAAAUAUUUUAACAUUGGUUAGUGAAUUCUAUAAACUUACAAACAUUAAAUUAAAAUAUUUUUACCAUCAAAGAAUAAUACUAAAGGACGAUAAAGUCCUGUUAAUACAAACUAUUUGUUUUCAUUUUUUGAAGGAAACAAGAUUUUUCCGGACAUCUGCCAUCGUUCAGUGAUGCCAAAAUCAGUAACACUAAGUUUAGAUCUGCAAUCUGAUCUCUUCUUGAGGUAAAUAAUUAACCUAACACAUAAUUACAAACUAGGUUAAAAUAAACAAAUCAUACCAGAGUGUUUACAUAAAUAAUCUCAAACCUGUACAUAAAUAACACUUAUUAAAUGAAGGUAAAUUUUCGAAAGAAUAUAGUCUUUCUGUAUUUAAAACUAAAAUUGUGUUUCAUCGAUUUACUUUACAUUAUGAAUAAAUAUCCAGUUUCAUGUGUUAAAUAACUAGUAGAGAAUAGAUAUUAGGUAUAAAUAGUGUUGACAUUAUAUCACUGCUGUUGCACACUGUUUCUGUUAUCUAGUUAACAAAUUAUCUUGGUCAUGCUUACCUGUACUGGAUUCACUGUGUGUUGAGACCGAAGCUAUGCCCACACUGUGGUGAGCCUCUGGGGUUGUGACCAAUUGUAGAGUGAAACCGGACAAAGUCCAUGUGAACAUAUGAUACCCCUGACCUGAUAAAAGAUGUUGACGUUUCUUCAGGGCAUAUUACAAACGAUGCACCAGUGAUAUAAGUGAUUGUCGUUUACUAAAGCGUUAAGGGACAAGCAGUUAAGUUGACCGCUUAUGAAUUGGCUGGUCAUGGCAGUGGUGGGCGGCGCAUCACUCUCAUUGUUUGGUGGAUGAUAAUAAAGCAGAUCUAAAAUUUGAAGAAAUAACACAAAAAACAUUAAUUUUGCAGAUUGUAUUAGAAAAUAUAUUAUUAAUAUUUCGUUUACGUAGAAUAAGCUCUGUUAGUAUAGAUAAAAUGAGGCAGCCUAUAUCAUAUGUAAAACAUAAUAAUAUGAAUGUGUACUCUGUUUCUUGGUUA